AUGUUCAGUUUCAAGGAAAAAGAUUCUGGCUGUCAAAAUAGAAAAAAUGAGCAUAAAGAUAAGUUGGGUGAGGCAAUAACUACAAACGAUCCUGCUUUGUGGGCUGAAAAUAUGUCCAUAGUAGAACGCGAUGCAGUUGUUCUUCAGGGACCUCCUAAAAAUCUUUUAUCUUUUCCGAGAGACUCAAACAAGGUUAAGGUUCCUGAAUCAGUUUUCCACGAAAUAUCUCGUAAUGGGGAGAAAAUAAACAGAGAUUGGCUUGUUUGGAGUGCAACUUCAAAAUCAUUUCUUUGCUUUCCGUGCUCACUUUUCGGAAGCAAACAAGCCUGCGGGGCUGGUAAUAAUUCACAUCUUCUACGUUGGAAUGGUGGCAUCAAUGGAAGCUGGAGAAAGUUAGCUGAAAAAGAAAAAGGCCACCAAAACAAUCCUCACCAUCUAGACAAUUACAUUAAGUGGAAAACAGCGCUGGAAAGCUUGGGAAAUCAAUGUGGGAUUGAUUCAAGUUUAAAAAAAUUGAUAAGAAAUGAGUACUCAACAAUACAGCAUUAG